GGUGGAACUGUAACAAUUCGCCACAGCUCCUCCCUCUCGGGCGCUCGCUCCCCUCCCCUUCCCCUCCUUGCAUGCCGAUCGCCUCCAAGCUCCUCUACUUCCAGCGCCGCCCCUCGCCGGCGCCGCCGGACCCGGGCCCCGAGCCACCCGACCCUCGCCGCCGGGCCAGCCGCGACCCCUCCGCCCGCCAACGCCGCCGCAGCUCCCUCUCCUCCCACCACAAGCCGGGCCAGGAACCUGUUCCAGGGAACCAAAGAGACUCUAGCAAGUCUCUUGGACCUGCUGGAAACAUAACAGAGCAUGUAGCGGGGAUCUCCUCUAUCACGAGACUAAACCGCAGCGUAUCAGACCAUGGCCGUCUUCCGGAUGCUGUGCAACAGGCCAGGGAAAGGCUUCUUCAGAGGCUCAACAGCGUGGACUUGUCAGGAAGAAGGCAAAAGACAUGCCCCUCAGAAACCAUUUGGACUGACUUCUCUUCUGACUGCAUCCUAGGCACCCUAACCAACUGCUUCCAGCCUGAUGACUCCAUCGCAGCCAGCAAGGUUGAAGAAGGUAUGAUGGAGUCCGCCGGCAGUAACAGUGAUGAGCGUACGCCCAUCUCACCAUUCUCGGAACCCGUCCCUGAGAUUCAACACUCGGUCUGCAACGGAGCGGCAGAAGGUGACAACUGCACCUGUGAACCUCCAGCUGAGUGCUCCAUAUGCCUGGAGCGGUGCGGCGGCGCGGAUAACAGGCUCACCCAGCUGCGCUGCAGGCAUGUCUUCCACUCGGCGUGCCUGGAGCGGUGGCUCCGGUCCCGCGGCGACUGCCCCUAUUGCCGGGCCACCUUGGCCCGCUCCUAACAGCAGGAUGCAAAAACUGAACGAGAAUGACCAUGAGUCCAACGGCGCAGAUUACAGAACCUCCCCUGUCCCCCCAUCUAAGCUUUAACUAUGUCGCUGCUUAGUGCUUACCCCUUGUACUGUUACUACUACAUUUUCCAUUAGCUGUUGAGGGCUUGCUCUAUGAGACCAAAACUAUUCAGCCCUGUGCGGCUCAGCAAUUACUGUAGAUUGCAGUGUCUUUUUCAUGUGUAUACCAUGUCCUGUAAAACGCAGUGUGUCAGAGUAACUGGAUGUUUGCAUCUGUCAUCUGCGCAUGGCAUGAGAGGAGCUGUUGGGUAUUGCAUCAUCCCACUCCAUGGAAGUUGUGUGUGCUCCAAUCUCACUGCAAGCUGGUGCUCAGUGCAACCGUUUCUGUUCUGUUUCUUUUGCACACCUGCAAGUGGAUCUCGAAUCUCGUUCUGUUCUUUGCAACUC